UGCCGCAGGUGCGGUCACACUGUUUGCAAAUCCACACAUACCAGCGCGGUUUUUCGCUGCACAAAAUUGUACAUUUAACAAAAAAUAGCAGCAAUUAAUACAAACAAACGGUUGCACCAGACACCCGAAAUUGCUGGCUGUCCCGCGGAAUAUGAAAUAGUGUCAAUUCCUUCUCGCAACUGCCCCAAUCACGUGAUGAAAAUCCGCCUGAGAAGUUUCCCUCGUCCGUGAAAUGUAAAGCAGAGCAGUUUUUCCAACCAACUUGGGCGGAGUGUGGAGUUCGAGUUUCGCAGUGCGGGCCCCCAUCAAGAUUCGCUAAUUGUUUGAAUCGCCAGUCUAUAUUCCCGGCCAUGCCGCCGACAAAUGUGAGCCUUCGCGGCCGCCUGUCCUACGCGAUAAAUGCGCAGUUCGGGGCCAAUUAGUGGCUGUCUGAGGUGUCCUUUUGCCGCCUCUUCCUUCCGCAAAACAACAACCUCAUUUGCAGACAACAGACUUUGAACUUGCGACGCGCGUGUGCGUGGUUGCGAUCGUGGAAAACAAAAGAAAAGCUCUCGGGCAGCACAAACAAUAACAAUAGCUCGGGUCGCACACACUAUCAUCGGUGCGAAUAGCCAACAUGUUAUCUGCACCCCGGCUAAUCUUCCUGGGCGCUCUGCUCGGCGCCUCCGUUUGCGCCUCGCCCAUUGAAUUCGUAAUGGACACCAGCAUAAAUGGCUCCAGAUCUGAUCCUGCGACUGAAUCACACCCUGGCAAAUGGCCACCGACGACCAAAGCGCCGGCGCUGAGGGCUCCAACUGGAACAGCUGGACAUGCUUAUCAAUCGCCAUCGUCGUCGCUGGCCGCUGAUAACAGGAGCCACGACAACAACAACGGUAGCGCCGUGUCCAUGCUGCUGCCGCAAGACGGUGACGGAUCCGGAGCAGUGGCCCCUGCUGUUACUCCCCAGCUGCCCAUCUACAUUGCUCAGCCCAUCGCGAAAAAGCCAGAAAACAAGAUAAAAUGCCACUGUGACACCUGCAAGGAAUCAAACAACAUAUGUGAGACGGACGGCUUCUGUUUCACGUCUGUAGAGAAGAACCCCGAUGGCACCAUCAUCUUCAGCUACAGUUGCAUGGUUGUCAAGUACAAUAUGCAGCGGAGUAAGCCCUUCGAAUGCCUCACCAGUAACGAAAGGUUCGAUACGUAUAGGAUUCAGUGCUGUAAGAGUGAUUUCUGCAAUAAGAAUGAGAUUAUGAAGAGGAUAUUUGAAACAGAUUAUGUGCCACAUAGACUGACCAGCUGGGAGUUUGUGGCUAUAAUCCUAGGGGCCACCCUCUUCAUUUGCUUCACGGGCACCAGUACGUGGUAUUAUUGCCAGCGUCGCAAGCGAUUGGCCAGCGGAAGGCCGUUUGCCAAGGAGGAUUCGGUGUACGAUCCAAUAUUGAAUGGUAAUACAACCAUACACGACAUCAUUGAGAUGACCACCUCUGGUUCGGGUUCGGCUGGUCUUCCUCUGCUGGUGCAGCGUUCGAUUGCCCGGCAGGUGCAGUUGUGCCACGUUAUCGGAAAGGGACGUUUCGGCGAGGUCUGGCGCGGUCGCUGGCGAGGCGAAAACGUGGCGGUCAAGAUCUUCUCCAGUCGCGAGGAGUGCUCGUGGUUCCGUGAGGCGGAAAUCUAUCAGACGGUAAUGCUCCGACACGAAAACAUUUUGGGAUUUAUAGCUGCAGACAACAAGGACAACGGAACUUGGACACAGCUGUGGCUGGUAACCGACUACCAUGAGAACGGAUCGCUCUUUGACUACCUAACCACGCACCCGGUGGACACCAACACCAUGCUGAACAUGUCGCUGAGUAUUGCCACUGGACUGGCGCAUCUCCAUAUGGACAUUGUGGGCACUCGCGGCAAGCCCGCCAUCGCCCAUCGUGAUCUCAAAUCCAAAAACAUACUGGUCAAAUCAAACCUUAGCUGUGCUAUUGGAGAUUUGGGGCUGGCCGUGCGCCAUGUGGAGAAAAACGACUCUGUGGACAUACCUUCCACUCAUCGUGUCGGUACCAAGCGCUAUAUGGCGCCCGAGGUGCUGGACGAGAGUAUGAAUGAUCAGCACUUUGACUCGUACAAGAGGGCGGAUGUGUAUGCCUUCGGACUGAUCCUCUGGGAGAUUGCACGUCGUUGCAACAUGGGAAUGAUAUACGAUGAGUAUCAAUUGCCGUACUACGAUGUCGUUCAGCCAGACCCCAGCAUUGAGGAGAUGAAGAAAGUGGUCUGCAUUGAGAAGUGCCGGCCAAACAUUCCAAAUCGUUGGCAUGCCUCCGAUGUGCUCCACAACAUGGCCAAGGUGAUGAAGGAGUGCUGGUAUCCCAAUCCUGUGGCCCGAUUGACAGCGCUUCGCAUCAAAAAGACACUUGCCAGCAUCAGUGUGGAGGACAAGGUCAAGAACUGAUUGUGGCUUCAGUUUGACGAGUAGCCCUCGUGUCGCGCCCCGUGGGAUUGGGGGCAGACAAAUAGUAGUAACCUGUAACCUGGCCCCGCGUUACCUUAAAUGUCCUGGCAGCGCUUGCGAAGCAGUUCCAGAAACCCGUUAAGAAAUUAAAUACAAAGAAGUUGUAAAUAUUAUGUGCUAACUCAUCCUUAAAGUUUCCAAUUCUUUGCUUUGUUUCCGUUCAGAACGAGCUCGUUAUAAGUUUUGUGUUACAUCAUCCUCAACUAUUGUACAUAACCUUCGUUGACAUUUUCGCUGAGAUUUGCUUAUUUCCGGGCAGAGUGAUCAAGGCGGCGCGCCAAAAAAACUGCCGCACUGCCAUUAGAGCUACCAAUUAGGACCUAGUUAUAAACCAACCAAAUAACACAUUAUAUACAAUAUAUAUUUUUUAUAAAUCCUGUUUGCGAGCGAGAUAUGCCAGCAAACAAAACGAUAAAUACAAAACAGUAAGACUAUGUCAAGACUGAGCAGCAGUGGAAAGCAGUGAGAAAACAGAUUUGAGCCGCAGACAAUUUUUUGUCUGCAAAUGAUUAUACAAAACCAGCCACAACAGAUCAUCAGCAAGGAAGAUAACUCUUUUAGGCAAUAACCAACAGAUAAAGUCGAUAAACUCAGGAAAUCGUAACGUAAAAAUAAAAUGAAUAGAAUCAAACGUAUUGGCGCGUCGCCUGCUCACAAACAGCUUGCCAUGCCCACGUCGCUAUUGCUGCUGCUGUACCUCUAAAACUUUAUAAACACCACCCUUCUCCCAUAAGUAUGUGUCCAUAUUGCUGAGGGCGCUUCUCUUGUAAUCCUAUGUUUAAAUUAUUUUAAAAUGUCUACACCAAAACUCUCGACCCUGGCAAAAAACCAAAAUUGGUUGCAUCGUCACGCAUUCUUAUUAUUUUUGUUAUUUCAUUUACGUUCAUGUUGCCUAUUAACCUAGCCCUUCAUAACUCCUGUUUCUUGUUGUUUUAUAACCAAAGCUUGUUCUUCCUAUUUUAUUGUAGCCAUAAAUAAGUAAACAAAACUAUAUAUUUAUAUACAUAUACAUAUGCAUAUAUAUGAAUUGUAUACUAUAUUUGCUUCUAUUAUAAAUUGUAUGGAACUAAAUGUUUCGUGAACAAACCUAAAAGCCUGGGCACAGAGCUUGGGUGUGCUAAUUCCGGGUAAUACAAUAUGUUUAACAUCAUAAAUCAAUUAAAUCUCACAUCAAAUGCCAUAAAGCUAAAUGAGUCCAUUAUUAAUGUAUACAUAUAAACACAGUCCAUUACCAGAAUGCAAUAGUAGUUUCAACACAAUCCAUGUUUCCUUUGCCCAUCAAUACACGCCAGCUGAGAGAUUAAAGUAAACAUUAAUUAACAUUUAAAUCAUUUCGAUGUAAGCUAAGAGUAAGAGUUUGUACGAGCAAGUUUGUAAGUAGGGUUAUGAUUAAAUAGUACCUUCAUAUUGUUAUUUUUUCGGUCUGCGAAAUUUACUUUCCUAUUUUAAUUUAAGCUUUCUGAAGUUAAUCACAUCCUGUACGAACACAAUCGAUUUCUUUGGAAAACAAAGCUAAACUAAAUUUAUCGCUAUAUCGCGUACUUAUAUUUAGGUUUUGAAACUAUUCCUGUAAUUGUAAAAUCUGUAAAUAAUCUGUGCAUUCUGUACAUGCAAGUCAAACAAAAACGAGACAUGUGCCGAAAAAUAGCGGACUUGAUAUUUGUUUGACUGUUCCAAGAUAAGUUUAAGCCGAAAGUUGUUCUUAAGACUAACCCCCAAUACAACCUCCAAAGGGGGCACUUCCUAAACCCCACGACCUUAGUCCCUGAUCCAAACCAAAAACAACUUAAAAACAACUGAGUUUAAGAUUCAAUUUAAACCGAAGAACACAAAAUCAACAAGAGACUUGAACAUGCGCAAAAACAUAUAAAAAUUAAUUUUAAAAAUAAAUCCUAUUUUGCUGGCAAAACAUACUUUUGGUUCGAAAUUUCCAAGAAUUCAAGAACUAAAACGAUGCACUUUGUGCGAUUUAUGUUAGGCUCAAGUAAGCGAAAAGUGUCUCAGCCAUAAAGUUAGAGGCGAAAGCAUUUGUAAUGUGUAUUAAUCGUAAAUGGAUUGGAUCAUGAGAGAUAUAUGGAAUGUCAGAGAGUUAGAGAAAGAAAGGAGGAAUGAUUUACUUGGGUGUAAUGUUAAAAACAAAAGCGUUGAAAGUGUAAACAGAGUCUAACUUUUAGCUUUAAGCUGCGUUUUUACUGGCACUUUAAAUAAAAUUACAAAAAUAAAACCAACCG